CCGCAGUUAGCGCUGUGGAGGCUCCGUCUAGAAAUACUCCCGUCUGUCCUGGCGCAGCCUCUUCCCGGUGCUUACACCCCUGCAUCCCCGUCCCCGUCCACCCUCCAUCGCCCUGUCAUCCCAGUUACAUCCCUUUGCAUCGCUCUGCUAUCUGCGAUGGAGCCUGUCCGUCGCCGUCGACGGCAGCACCACAGCUGCGACCAGUGUCGCAAAGGAAAAAGAGCCUGCGACGCGACCAUCCGCGAGGACCUCCAGUCGCUGUCCCCGUCCUCCUUCAACCUCAGCAACAACCGGCCUAAUCUUAAUCCCAGUCCCUGCUCCAACUGCAGGCGAUGGAAGAAGGAGUGCACCUUUAAUUGGCUUUAUUCCUAUGUCGCCCGGAAAAAGUCUCCGGAGGAACGUCGCAAGAAGAAAAAAGCCAACAGGGACACCACUGAAAAAUCAAACUCCAUCGCCGGGGAAGAGCCCAGCGUCGAUGCUCCUCCGGUUGACGCGAAUAGCGCUGACAAUAGUUCGCAUGGUGUUAAAAAAAAGCCUUCGUCCGAUGACGAUGCACCUUUCCCCGUGCAGUGGCUGCCGUCGAAUCCAAAUCCAAAUCCAGGACCCGGCCAUGAGUGUUUUCUCCCCUUUCGCACUUCCGUCCCCGAGUCGCAGUUGUCAUGGAAACAUCAAGCGACAGGGAAUGUUUCCCCCCUUAUCCCUCGAGAGCACGGCAAGUUCCGUUACACGAAAUACAUAUGAUACAUUCGACCCGUCACAGAGUGGUUUACCCGACACCGUGCCGAGUUCUGUCGAUGAUGGUCUAUUCAUUCCCAGCCAGUUUGGCGGUUUCAGUCCGCCUGACUUGUUCGAUUCUCAACCGUUCCCCUUUGGCAUUGAGGCAUCAGAGAGCAGUGACGAUGGCUUCUCGCAAGAUUCCUUGGAUGCCAAGAGAAACACCAGAUCCAAUUCUUCGAGUUCUUUGCGUCUCCUGUUUCGUGAUGAUCCCCUUUCCCCGUCGCAUACGCUCUCGACCAACUUCGAACGCACAGCCAUGACGCAGGAUCUGCUGCGCAUCUACCACGACAGCAUGGAAAACGCUCUAUCCUGUUGGCUCACGGAAAAGACGUGUCCCUACAGCGGUUCCGGUGCCGGUAAAUUGCUCAAGGGGCUAGAAAAGGAAUGGGGUCCCAACUGGUCAAAUCGAAUAUGUACGCGUGUGUGUCGGUUGGAUCGUGUCUACUCGGCGAUCAGGGGACGAAAGCUCAGCGCAACGGAAGAGAAAGCUGCUUCUCGAGCGCUCCAUACCUCUAUCAUGGCCUUUGCCGUCCAGUGGGCGCGGCACUCCCAGAGAAGAAUGAGAGCCGUGUCUGGCGAUGCGGGCUUGCGUUUAUCUCCCCUCAACUAUCUUGGACGAUCCGUCCAGGAGGACCUUUGGAACCAGGCACACCACGCUCUGAACAAGUCCAUGGGCAUACCGUCUGCCCGGGUCAUGUUCGCCAAUUUUAUUUUCGCCCUUACGCAGCGGCCGCUGAAUGUCAAGGAACACAUCCAGAUGAUGGAUUCCAAACUCCACUCCGGCUCCCUUUCCUCCGACAGCGAUCUACUACAUCCCCACCGCGGCGAUGAUCUAAUGGGCGAACUUAAUGAUCUACAGGAGCUGUUCGAUAUGGAGUCCGCCCCCGCGGCUAUGGUGGCUGCACUCCGCCAGCUCUUUACUCUGCGGUACAAGCUCGGCAUCAAACGCGAGCAACAAAAGGCCUUGUCAUGGAAACAUCCGGAUGACAAACAGUUGGAACAACGGUUGUUCGAUCCCGAUUCGAGUGUCAUCACCCCAGAAGAUCAGGAGACCUUCAACCUCUUGCUCUGGCUCGGAAUCAUGUUCGACACUCUCACCGCUGCCAUGCAUCAAUCCCCACCGAUAAUUUCAGACGAGGACAGCAAUGUCACGGAGCCAUCUGCCGCAUCUACCGAUCCCCAUGAUGGCUCACGAACUAUUGACCUUGACGGGUGGAGCACAACGUACGACGGACAGGCGUUGAAACAAAAACAAAAGCGCGAUGUCUGGGGCGAUUUCUUUUUGAGCACAGGGCCAAGCUCCAAGGCCCCUCACUGGCCGUGCUCCUACCAGGACGCAGCGGAGAUUCUCUGCGUCGCAGCGCAGGUCAAGGUGCUACUAUUCCGCCGGGUGUCCCACCUCCAAACGCUCAUCUACCGCUGCACAGACCCUGAUUGCCUCGAAGAGGCGAUUCAGAACGCGCUCCUCGUGGUCCGGCAUUGGAAAUGCACCUACGGACAAUUCACCCUCAACUGCAUCGCCAACCACGACAGCCUCCCACCGCGCCUGCAGUCAUGGUACGUGAUCGUCUCUGGGCAUUGGCAUCUAGCCUCGAUGCUUCUUGCCGAUACGCUGGAGAGCAUCGACAAGGCAGAACUGGGCCAGCCUGCCCAACGCGAGUCUCGACGGGCGAUGAACCUCGUCCCAUCGCUACGCAGGGAGAACGCUUACACGGUGUGCACGCUUGCCUUCUGCUCACUUCGCCAACAAGACAGCUUCUCCGCACCGGGGCAGACAGAAUUCCAACUGCAUGACUCUGUCAACGAUGGCGUCUUCCUCAGCGAGCCCUGGACGGAAGUCCUGGUCCGCUCGUUCACCAAAGCCGGAUACAUCGUGCUGAACGAAGCCAACAGCGCGGACAUCCCACCCCACCCGGUGCAUGUCGACCAGCAGAGCAGCAGCGGCCCAUCGGAAUACCCGUUGCGACAGGUGAGCUACUGCAUCGACGCGCUGUGGUGUCUGGGGAAGAAGUCGGAUCUAGCCUUCAUCGCCGCGCGGGCAUUAUCGCAGAGCCUGGAGCGCAAGAUACGAGAAAAGCAGCAGCUACAGACGACCAUGGUUAGCCUGAUGCCGGAGUAUCUCGCUGCGGGAGCGGAUGGCAGCACACGCAGCAGUAAUAAUAACACGAGCAGGAUUCCCGUCUUCAGCGCCACGCCGGAUAAUGGGGAAAUUCGGCGAUGGGCCGCGGGGAUUGGUGGAAUCGGGUAAUAUGGUGAUAAGUAUUCUUGGAUAGUUGUUUCUGGUGUUGUUAUUAGUAUAAUUUUAAAUAUACUGGGAGGCCAAAGACAUCGGCCAACUUAAUACGAUAAGCCUGCAUUGACCAUAGCCG